AUGGCAAGAGGCCGAAAUCAACAUCAUAUGGAAUUGCACAUUAUGAAUGAGGUCCAAAAUCAUAUCGAUGCAACUGGAUCAAUCCGAGUCAUUGUAAUCAUCAGCAGUGCAAUGAUUAAUGCAUAUGAGGAUACUAGAAGAAUUCAGAAUUCCUUAUGGAGUACUAAUGUUUAUCUAAAUGAAGAGUUGCUAGAAAUUGUCAACUUCAGGCAAAGAAUCGCUUGUACUGCUAGAUUUGAUGAAAAUGCGAAGAUUGAUGUGCUUCAGCCUCACCCAAAAUCAGGAACAAUUGAUGAUGUCAUUACAUGGCAUAAAAACACCAUUGAAGAGUUGUCGACUAUAACUAUAGUCAAACUAUGCACUUUUGCCACUAUUGAGGCUCUUGAUCCGGAUUUUGGAUGGUAUUAUAUUGUUUGCCGCAAAUGUCACAAAUCUGUAAAGGAAGAGGCUGUUCCAAUUGCUGUGGUAAAAAUUGAAGGCGAAACAUCGUCUAAGAAGUCGAGAUCACAAAUUCCUUCAAAGACAGUGUUUCGUUGUGGGACCGAAGGCUGCCCUAAACCAAUAACCACAGCAAGUCCGAGAUACAAAAUGAGACUUGAUGUUGAAGAUGGGACACCGGGAUCUUGCACUUUUGUGAUGUUUGACGAUUGUAUUCGUCAUCUAAUGAAUAAAUCAUGCAAACAAAUCAGAGAAACUAUUCCACCGAUUGAAGAUGAUAACAGUAUCACCGAUCUGGAUACAUCUGAUGUGGCUAUUUCGCAGUCUGUUUCCUCAAACAUCCCCAAGGUGACUGGUUCAAGCUCUGUUGGAACUAAAUAUGAUCAAGACGAUGAAUCUAUCACUCCUGUUAGUUCUAUUCAAAAGCGAAAAGUUGUUGAGAUUGACGUCGACGAUCAAGAACAUCAGACUUCAACUAAUAAAAAGCAUGUCUAA